UAGCGGGAAGACAAGAGAUGCACUGUAGCUACGCCUAAAACCCCGAAAAUCCAUCGACUCCCGAAAACCCCUCUCGUUCGGUCGAGAUUCGAGCUCUUCUUAUGGAGUCGACCGCCGCCGCUGCUCGCGCCUUUCCGCCCUUCUUCGCCGAAUCCGCGCGCUCCUCCUCGCAGAGCCGCAUCCCGUCGCGUCCCAAGCUGAGCCGGUCGCCGCUGCUCUCGUCUCUCUCGAGGAAGAUCGGGCUCCGCGCGCCCCCGACCGCCGUCGCCAUGAGCGGCGCCGCCGCCGCGGCGGCGGACGAGAACCCUAGCUCCAAGGAGGCGAAGCUGUGGGGGGGCCGGUUCGAGGAGAGCGUGACGGAGACGGUCGAGAGGUUCACUGAGUCCAUCUCGUUCGACAAGGAGCUGUACAGGCAGGACAUCAGGGGAAGCAAGGCGCAUGCGUCUAUGCUGGCCAAACAGGGACUGAUGGAUGACAGUGACAGAGAUAAAAUCUUGGAAGGACUGAGUGAGAUUGAGAGACUGAUUGAAAAUGGAGAGUUUAAGUGGAGGGCUGAUAGAGAAGAUGUGCACAUGAACAUUGAAGCAGCACUAACUGAUAUGAUUGGCGAGCCAGCGAAGAAGCUCCAUACAGCUCGAAGCCGGAAUGAUCAAGUUCAGACCGAUUUUCGUCUGUGGUGUCGUGAUGCUAUUGAUAGGAUCAUUCCAUAUAUUGCACAUCUUCAGGUGGCUUUGGUGACCUUAGCUUUAAAGAACGAGGGUUUAAUUGUUCCGGGAUACACACAUAUGCAGAGGGCCCAACCAGUUUUGUUGCAACAUCACCUCUUAGCAUAUGUUGAGCAGCUUGAGCGUGAUAUUGGUCGUUUAGUAGACUGCAGAGCCAGGCUCAACUUCUGCCCUCUUGGGGCAUGUGCUUUGGCUGGAACUGGCCUUCCAAUUGACAGAUUUAUGACUGCUGACAAGCUAGGGUUCUCAGCUCCUAUGCGUAAUAGUAUUGAUGCAGUGUCGGACAGAGAUUUUGUUAUGGAGUUUUUGUCAGCCAAUUCUAUAAUAGCUGUGCAUCUUUCACGGCUUGGUGAAGAGUGGGUUUUGUGGGCAUCAGAGGAGUUCGGCUUUAUUACACCAAGCGACUCUGUUUCCACUGGAAGUAGCAUAAUGCCUCAAAAGAAAAAUCCUGAUCCAAUGGAACUUGUCCGUGGGAAGUCAGCCAGAGUCAUAGGAGACCUUGUUACCCUCCUGACCUUGUGUAAGGGCCUUCCUCCAUCUUACAAUCGUGAUCUGCAGGAGGACAAGGAACCUGUAUUUGAUAGUGUAAAGACAAUUGUGGGAAUGCUUGAAGUCUCAGCAGAGUUCGCUCAUAAUAUUACCUAUAAUAAGGAGCGUAUAUACAGGGCUUUGCCGGCUGGCCACCUUGAUGCCACAACACUUGCUGAUUACCUCGUAAAAAAAGGCGUCCCUUUCCGAACCUCUCAUGAUAUUGUUGGAAGAUCAGUAGCAUUUUGUGUCUCACAGAACUGCCAGCUUAAGGAUCUCAGUCUGGAUGAACUACGGAGCAUCAGCCCAGUGUUUGAUAAGGACGUGUAUGAGUACCUUGGCGUUGAGAAUGCGGUCAAGAACUUUUGUUCGUAUGGAUCGACGGGAUUGGAAUGUGUUGCAAGUCAGGUGGACUACUGGGUUAGGAAGCUCAAUAUUGAAAGAAUUUGAUCAGCCCGGUGUUUGAUAAGGACGUGUACGAGUACCUCGGCAUCGAGAAUGCGGUCAAGAACUUUUGUUCGCAUGGAUAGAAGGGAUCUGAGUGCGUUGCAAGUCAGAUGGACUAGUGGGUUAGGAAGCUCAAUAUUGAAAGAAUCUGAUCCGAACUAAUUCGAUGAAGGCCUAUCCCCAACCAUGGAGGGGCAUAUUUUGGACAGAAGACAUGCAAUUUGUUGAAAAAUUAAUUCGUAUUCUGGGAAGGUUUUUUAGCCAGCUAGAUAGAACUCUUAGCAUUGAUUACUUGUACCUGUGGAUAAUCACAAGGAUGUUCCAUCUUGAAUUGAUUUUAAAUCUAUUUCCUUAACAUGUGAA